CACUGAAUGAUUGCCCCUCCACGCUUGUCGUAGCCACAGGUCAAGAUGGACAGUUUCGACCGCGGCAGAUCUAGACCUCAUAAGGUGGACACGUAUCCAGUCAGCCGCCCGACGCGCUCAUGCAUAUCGCAGGGCAACGCAACGCCCGUCUCAGAACGCAGCAGCUGGAUGUUUGCCUGUCCGCAUGCCGACUGAGGCUCGGUCGGUAUGACUGUACACUAGACACCAGCUGGCACUAGGCUAUUCACAUACCCGCACCUGUCUCCCCCCUCAGCCCAUCCCCUCAGUGCCCUUCUCCCCGUCACCAGCAUCACCUACCGGCCACAUCUCCAUCUCGACGGUCCACUCGUGCUCGCGCGGCCGCUGUGCCAGCUCGUCAUCCGAUGUCUCCUCCUCAUCGAAUCGCUUGUAGGCCAGUCGCGUCGCCUCCAUGCGAUACUCUGGCAUGUCCUGCCGCACGCGGCCCUGGCCGAACAGCGACUUGAGCUCGCUCUUGAUCCCGUCGGCAUCGCCAGGGGCGGAGAAGAUGUCGGCUCGCUCGCCGAGAUUAAGGGUGGCGUGGCUCGGCCGCACCUCGUGGACGAGCCGGAAGAGGUCCCGCAGCCGAUCGGGGACGCUCUCUGCUCUCGCGUUGUAGAUGUCCUGGUAGCUGCCCACGUCCAUAUCGAUGGGGCUGAUCUCGAUGCUGAGCUCUUCCACUGUGGGGUACUGUCGGGUGGUGUCAGGGGAGGGGAAGGCGACAGGGGCGGCCGCCUUGAUGCGGGGCCGGUUGAAGAAGAGCGGCUCGUCGUGCUCUAUCUCCAACUUCUGCGACCCAAGUGAGAAGGAUCCAUUCAUUAGAGAGGGUUGUGGCCGUGCAGUGUGUGUGUGUGUGUGUGUACCUUGAGUGGCUUGGCGAUGCCCUGCUGAAUGUAUGCGAGCGCCUCGGAGGCCAGGAUGGCGCCGAGCCCCAGACAGUCGAAGUCCACGUGUGCGAGUGCGGGGAGGGAUGAGAGGAUGCGGGAGAGUCGGUUUGGCUUGGCGGGCGGGAUCAGGUACUCGGGGUCACACGUCGGGAUGCCAUCAUAUGGGCCUUCGUAGUUGCACAGGAAGACCUCCGUCAUACUACUGAACCCACCCACACAUCAGGCAGGCGCCUCUAUCGCCUUUGCUGUGCGCCUCACUCACCUGAGUGACUUGAGCGUGGUGUCCUCGGUCAGCCACAGGGGGAUGCUGUUGAAGGACUCAGCAGCGACAUCGGGGCUGCUAAUGUUGAGGUCAAUGUUCAGUCUCGUGGCGCUGUCGAACCGGAUGCCGCUGAAGUGCGGGCUGGUGGGAUCGCCUGACCCACUAUCGUCCCCAAGCAAUGACACCUCGUCGCCCCCCUCCGAAUGCCGCUUGAUGGUCUCUACCAGCUUGAGAGUCUCGGCGGUCGGCGGGCCCUCGGUCCUCUCAGCAUGACGGCAAUAUAUGACGGUAUCGCCUCCCUCUCUGACGACCUCCCACCCCAU